UGUUUUCUUUUCAUUUAGUGAUUAUUUAUGAGAAAAACAGGAUGCUGAAGAAUUUUAUGAAUGGGAGUGGAGCUGAGUUAGUUUGAUUUAGCUAUUUGGUCAAUAUUUGUAGGGGGUCAAGAGUUGAAAAGGCUUACCUUUCACAUAGCUACUGUCAGUGUUUGGAUAUCCUAAACUUAAAUUGACUUUACUGCAAAUGGCUUUUCUCUUUUUUGCAGUUUUAUAUUUUUAUUCUUUGAAUAUUCUCCAUAAAAUCUCACUGUCACAAGUGAUCACCAUGAAAAUGCAAAGCAGUAAUGUAAUUGAACACUUAACAUUUUUUCAUAUCACGGAAUCUUAUUUCAAAGACUGUAAACCUGUAAAUACAUGCAUAUAAUAGUUGUUAUCUUUCAAGUUGGGAAGUGAGAUAUGCUUUUGGUGCGCUAGUGUCAUGUUAUGUUCUCAUUAAACAGGCUUAGUGUCAUCAAUGAACACUGGGACUGUGUGAUGUAGUCGGGGCAAUGAGCCACAACACACCAUACGCUGGUGCUUAUUAUGAAUAGUAGAGUUUGUAUCUGAAGAGACAUCACGAGAAGUGACUUUAAAAGGUGCUCUGUUUGUCAUGGCUGCCUGUCCAACUGGUACUUUGAGAAGGAAGGGAAGCUGUAUUGUAAGGAGGACUACUGGGCCAAGUUUGGGGAGGCUUGCAAUAAAUGUCUGCAGGUGAUCACAGGACCAGUCAUGGUUGCGGGGGACCACAAGUACCAUCCAGAAUGUUUCAAAUGCACCAACUGUGAUGUGUUUAUAGGGGAUGGGGAGACAUAUGCCCUGCUGGAGAGGUCCAAACUUUACUGUGGAACAUGCUAUUCUCGUGUGAUGAAGCCUCUCCUGGUGGAUACCCCUGGCAGACGGAAACCACACUCUAUCCAGUUAGUAGAAAUCCCGCCCACACCAGACGGAAAGAGGGGCUUUGAAGUGACGGUGGUGAAGAAGAGAAAUCGUGGGGUUCUGGAGUCCCAGACCAGCAUCAGGAUCUCUGAUAUUGACACAGAGUUGAGCCCAGACCUCUCAGUGCUUAAUGUUGGGGACAAGAUCUUGGAGGUCAAUGGCAGGCCCCUGAGAGACAGAACGGCAGAGGAGAUUGAUAACAUCCUUGCCAACCAGGCAGCCAUUAAACUGACCCUGGAGAGAGACCCUACCCCCCUCCGUCCCUCGCAACACCACCUGGAGGUGGACACUAGCGUGAAGAGAAGACAUCGCAGAUCAUCCUCUCUUCCACGGGAGGGAGACUCCAGUCCUAGUCGGUCUCCCACUCCUACCAAACAUAGGAACUGUGACCUGAGUAGAACCCAGUCAUUCCGCGCGGGGUCCAAGAACCACCGUGUGUUCCGUGCCAGUGACCUGGUGGCGGGGGAGGUCCUAGGCUCAGGGUUCUUUGGACAGGCAAGCAAGGUGACACACAGGGUGACCAAGGAAGUCAUGGUGCUCAAAGAAUUGUUUGAUUUUGACGAGGAAGCUCACAAAGCUUUUUUGAAGGAGGUGUCAGUGCUACGCAGUCUCGAUCAUCCAAACGUUCUAAAGUUUCUUGGGGUGCUUUAUAAAGCCAAAAAACUUAACAUUGUUACAGAGUAUAUAUCUGGUGGCAGUCUUAAAGCCAUACUUCAUGACAUGAGUGAUGCACUGCCGUGGACAAAAAGGAUGGGGUUUGCUAAGGAUAUUGCCUCUGGAAUGGCUUAUUUGCAUUCAAUGGAUUUAAUCCACAGAGACCUGAACUCCCACAACUGCCUGGUGAGAGACAAUGGCCAAGUGGUGGUGGCAGACUUUGGACUGGCCAGGGUGAUAACAAACAGGCGGGACCAGUUUCGAGGCAUGCCCCCAGCCACGCCUGCCUCCCCAGGGUCCCCCUCCUCUCCAGAGCCCGACAGCAAUGGCGCUGGUAUUAAUGGUGGAAAUAGCAAAACAUUACGCAGGUUCAAGAGAAAGAAAAGAUAUACGGUGGUGGGGAAUCCAUAUUGGAUGGCACCAGAGAUGAUGCAGGGGAAGAAAUAUGAUGAAAAAGUGGAUUUGUUUUCGUUUGGCAUCGUUUGUUGUGAGAUAAUUGGCAGAGUUGAGGCUGACCCAGAUUUCCUGCCAAGAACACUGGACUUUGGGCUUGGUGUGGAAGCCUUUCAUAGGAAAUUCUGCGGUGACUGUCCAAAAUGUUUCUUCAGAGUUGCAGUCAAGUGUUGUAAUUUAGUCCCAGAAAGCAGACCAACAUUUUCUACUGUGCAUAACUGGAUGGAAUCCAUGUUACUCCACAUGCAGACAGACCAUGGCACUCCUCUUCCUCAGGAAUUACUGCAGCCAUUACCAGAGGAGAAACCUCUUGGACUUGAUGAUGCAGAUGGAGUGAAAAUGCCUAAACGCAAAUGUGACUGCUUACCGCCCCCAGUAGACUGUGAUAAUAUAGCUAGGAAAACCAAAGACAUGCCCCAGCCUGGGGGAGCAGCCUGCAGUGGCAGACCCUCCCUGGAGACUAUUACUGAGACACAAACACCACGGGAAAUAAGGACUUCAUGACAUUGGGGGGGCAAGGGAUUUUCUUUAUGUGAAUUAAUAAAAUGACCACAAGGAUGUGGUGCUGAGGUGCUGACACAGGUUUUUAGGGGGACAAAGGAAACCAUUGAUUUCUACAAGGGAAUGAUCAUGAGUGUUAUACAAAUUAUUUUCUGUAUUACACAUUGCUAUUACAUGUUUUCUCUGUCCAUGUUAACCUUACUUUCACACAGUGUUCUGUGACUUUCAGAGUAUUCACAACUUGUCCUGCACUUGCAGUAAUAGCACAGGGGAGUGUCCCUGUUUUCUGUGUUUGUCAGGGUUCACUGACAGAGGUAAUGAAAUUCCAAAACCUGCAUCUGUGAAUCGACGUAAGAAGUAUUAGAAGUCCAAUAUGCAUUUUGAGCCUACCGUACACAUCAAAACCUGGUGCACAUUUACCUUAGUCAAAGAAAGUCAUGCCUGAUUUUGAGCAACAAAUUUCAAAGCCUUAAAUGAGUGUUGGGUAACAUGUUCCAUAUUGCAUCAAUAUCAUGUUGUUAUCUAAAGAUGACUAGUAAAUAAUAUUUUCUUUGAAAGCACUCAAAGGCAAAUGUCAUUGUGCCAAAUUAAAAAUGCUGCAGCAGGGUUGAUUGCGCUAGUGUCGUGACCAAUUUGUAGAUAGUGCAAACUUGCUCAUUUAGUAAUUUAUAAACAAACUAAAUAUAGGGUAGAUAGACCAGUAGCAUGAUCAGUUAUUGGUUAGGAAAAAUCCAGCAAUUGUGCAGAGCUGACAUAAAAUGACAUGAAUAGAUUGCGCUUAAAUAAUUGUGGAUCACACAAAUCAUUGCAGGCAUGAUUUAUUGGUAUAAUACUUAUUUGGAGGUGCUUUGUGUGCUGCUCUUUCUGCUAACUAGUUUACAAUUUCCU